AUGCGCGAGUUGCAUGAACGGGAACGCCUGGAGCGCUGGACUGUGGACGUGGGGCAAAUCGGGCUUUGCAAUGAUGAGACAUUGCCUGAGUACCUUGUAGCGUUUGUGUGGACGUUUGUUGGACAAGGCAGCGGGCUGCAUGGGCAGUUGCUGCUGAAAGCGGGGUGGUUGGUCAUCUCGCUGUCUAAUGACGCCGGGGUGCGGUGA